AUGCUAAUUUUUUUAGAGCUUCUAAGAAAUAUUUGGUCCAACUUCUCCUUGGACGAUCUCCCUGUCCUUAAGAGUAUAUUUAUCGAGGGUUGUAUAAAUCUGAAAUCGAUAUUAUUUGCAGAAGAUGCACCACAAAAGAGUCUCUCAUUUCUUAGAAUCACCAGAAUAUGGGAUUGUAAUGAACUGGAGUCAUUUUACUCGGGUGGAUUGGUCACUCCUAACCUUAUUUAUUUUGCAGUGUGGAAGUGUGAUAAGCUUCCUUCACUACCAGAAGCAUUGAACACUCUAAGUGAUCUUCAAGAAAUGGCAAUUGAUAAUCUACUCAAUCUUCAUUCUUAUUUCAUAGAUGAUUUGCCUAUCAAUUUACAGGAAUUGACUGUUGGCUCUGUUGGUGGGAUUAUAUGGAACACUGAACCAACUUGGGAACAUCUUACUUGUCUUUCUGGGUUGCGAAUUAGCAGCGAUGAUAUGGUGAACAAGUUGAUGGUUCCAUUGCUACCUCCAUUGCUUGUGACACUAUGUAUUAGUGGUUUUAAUUAUACAAGCAUUGAUGGAAAGUGGUUUCAACAUCUCACCUUUCUAUGUAAAAUUGUGAUUGCUAAUGCUCUCAAACUCAAGUCGCUACCAAAAGAGGGAUUUCCUUCCUCUCUUUCUAUUGCUCACAUUCCCUCCAUAAUUAUCGACGACGAAUUGAUCACAUGA